GCAGCAGGACAGAGUGGCAGAGUGAAGAGAUAGUAGGAGUGAGCAUCGCACCAGCUGACAACCUGAGAGAGAGAGCGAGAGAGAGAGAGAGCAUCUCAGCUCACUAGAGAGAGAGAGAGAAGGAGAGGGAGGGAGAGUAGAGCAGCACUCAACCACGCUGCCCAUCCUCAUAUUUCCCUCUGCAGCUGUGUGAGGCAGAGUGAGCGGCGGAGAGGAGAGAGCACAUCUGAGUCUCGUGGAAACAGCAGGACCUCGUACCACUUGGCCGAGUGAUCGAUGCACUUGCGCCGAGCCACACAGGAAGGGUGAGCAGUCCGUAGGACGCCCGUGUACUGCCACAGAGCGAGAGAGAGAGGAGCCAGAGGGACAGAGAGAGUGAAGAGAGCGAGAGGGAAGAAGAUUACCCGAGGCCAAUUUGAAAGCUUUCAGCCGGUCACUCGGAGCAGCUGCAGCCCAGAAGACCAACACUAAAAGGAUCAACCCCGGUUAAUGCUCUCAAGGACAGGUGCAGAGUCAGAGAGAGAGACUGGCAACAAGAGAACAAAGUACUCACAGAAAAGGUGUGAGUGGACAGGAGUGGUGAGGUUUCUUCCCAGCAUGCCACUGGCACAGCAGCAUCACAGGGCCACUGCGCCCGCAGCAGGCUGGAUCCUGGCUCUGGCUCUGUUUCUUGCUCUACAGGGUGCUGCUCACGCUGCUCCAUCAGGAGACAACAAGCUGGUUCGUACCACCAGAGUGAGGAGACAGAUCCCAGGGGGGAAUCAGCCCCCCUCUGCUUCCUCAGCCAACGAGACCCUGCGGGACCAAACCGUGGUCUUCAACCAUGUGUACAGCAUCAAUGUACCCUUGGAGUCUCUGUGCUCUGUCGACCUGGACGCCUCCGCACCACCUGCCCCAGGUGAUGGUUCUCGUGCUGAGUUGGGGUCCAGACCUUCUGUGGAGGGUCCAGUGGAUCCAAGUGGACCAGCAGAAUACACUGAGCAGACACUGGAUGCUGACAGCCAGGUAACAUUCACCCACCGCAUCAACAUCCCUAAAGCUGCAUGUGGUUGUCCUGCAACAACUACAAUCCAACAGCUUGCCACCAGGGUGGAGAUGCUGGAGAGAGAAGUGUCCCUGCUCAGAGCACAGUGUGGAUCUGGAUGCUGUGGGGAGAGCUCAGCCAUGGGUCAUAUGGAUUUUGUCCCAGGCUGCAGUGGCCAUGGCAGCUUCAGCUUUGACCUGUGCGGCUGUAUCUGUGAGGAAGGCUGGGCCGGCAAAAACUGCUCCGAGCCCCGCUGCCCGGACGACUGCUCCGGCCAGGGCGUGUGCGUGGAAGGGGAGUGUGUGUGCGACCGUGACUUUGGAGGCGAGAACUGCUCAGAGCCGCGGUGCCCUUCAGACUGCUCAGGUCGCGGGCUGUGUAUCGACGGGGAGUGUGUGUGCGAGGAGUCCUUCACAGGCGAGGACUGCAUGGUCGGCAGGUGUCUCAAUGACUGCUCAGACCAGGGACUGUGCAUCAACGGGACAUGCCAGUGCAGGCCCGGGUACGUGGGAGAGGACUGCUCGCUGGUCUACUGUGCCAACAACUGCAGCAAGAAGGGAGUCUGCAAGGAGGGAUUCUGUGUGUGCCAGGAUGGCUUUGCAGGAGAUGACUGCAACUCUGUGGCACCGGCCAUGAACCUGAGGGUACGAGGCGUGACGGAUCGCACUAUUGACGUGGAGUGGGAGGGGUCAGUUGUGCUGACAGAUUUCUUAGUGACCUACACACCAAGCAGCCCUGGAGGUGUUCAACUGGAGAUAAGGAUUCCAGGCAAUACUACCACCUGCACUAUCUCAGGCCUGGAGGCAGGCAUGGAGUACAACAUCAACGUGUUCGCUGUCAUUAACAACAGUAUCAGCGUCCCCGCCAGCAUCACCGUUUCGACCUAUCUCUCCAAUCCCGACGGUUUAGUCUUCAAAUCCAUCACAGAGACGUCAGUGGAGGUCCAGUGGUUACCCUUCUACUAUUCCUUCGAUGGAUGGGAGAUCAGCUUCAUCCCCAAGGACAAUGAUGGGGGGAUGACUGCACAGCUGCCCAGCACCAUCACUUCCUUUGUGCAGACUGGUUUGAGACCAGGGGAGGAGUAUACUGUUAACCUUGUGGCUCUCCGAGACCAGGGUCGAAGCCAGCCGGUCACUGCCACUGUCACAACACUGAUUGAUGGCCCCACUCAGCUGAUCGUGCGGGAUGUGUCAGACACUGUAGCGUUUGUAGAAUGGACACCACCCAAAGCAAAGAUUGAUCAGAUUGUGUUACGGUACGGCCUGGUGGGAGGAGAGGGUCCACGGACCACCUUCCGCCUUCAGCCCACACUCAGCCAGUACUCCCUGCAGGUUCUGCGUCCUGGCUCUCGCUACGAGGUAUCUGUGAGCGGAGUGAGAAAAGGAAAUGAGAGCGGAUCUAUUUCCACUGAAUUUACUACCGAGAUCGAUGCCCCUAAGAACCUGCGGCUGCUGUCCAAGACAUCCACCACCCUGGAGCUGGAGUGGGACAACAGUGAGGCUGAGGUGGAUGGCUACCAGGUGGUGUACAGCACUUUAGCAGGAGACCAGUAUGAUAAAGUGAUUGUGCCACGCAACGAGGGAGCCACCACAAAGACCUCUCUCACAGACCUGCUUCCAGGCACGGAGUAUGGCAUUGGCAUUUCUGCCAUGAAAGGAAGCAACCAGAGCACACCAGCAACAAUGAACGCCAGGACAGGUCUGGAUGUGCCCAUGGAUCUAACUGUAACGGCCUCUACAGACAACACCAUCACUCUGGUGUGGGGUGUGGUCCAGGGCCCCAUUGACCAUUACAAGGUCACCUACACUUCCUCCUCUGGCGUCAGUACUGAGCUGACGGUGCCUAAAGAUGUGACCACCACGACUCUGGUCGACCUUGAGCCUGGGACUGAGUACACAAUCACUGUGGCAGCAAGAAGAGGACGACAGCAGAGCACUGCAGCUACUAUAGAUGCCUUCACAGGAAUCAGGCCCGUAACCCACCUCUACUUGUCAGAGGUGACUUCAGACUCAGUGUCGGUGGCGUGGAGCGCCCCAGCACCACCUGCUGACCUCUUCAUCCUGAGCUACAGCUCUGCAGAUGGGACUGACACCUCUAAGGUGACGCUGGACGGCUCCAAGACGAGGUCACUGGUUCAGGGGCUGCUGCCGUCCACUCAGUACACCGUCAGUCUAAUCACAAUACAGGGGGAUGUUACCUCUGAGCCCAUUACAGCAUCACUCACUACAGGCAUGGACCCACCAAAAGAGAUGACGGUGUCAGAUGUGACUGAAGACGCAGUGACUAUCUCUUGGAUCAAACCACUGGCUCCAUUUGAAUACUACAAGCUGUCCUACCAGUCAGCCAGAGGUCGAGUGGACAGCGUGGUGAUUGACAGCGAUGUGACCAACUACACCUUGUCCAGCCUGUUUCCUGCUACGGAAUACGAGAUCAGCCUCAACGCAGUGAGAGGGAGUCAGGAGAGCAAAGUGGUCAGCACCUCCGUCUUCACAGCAAUGGACAUGCCGUCAGAGUUGACAGCUCUCAACAUCACUCCACAAGGAGCCCUGCUGAGGUGGAAUCCACCUGUUUCCAGUGUCGACAACUACGUGCUGACCCUCACACACAACCAGGUGACAGCUGAUACUUUCCUCGUGGAGGGCAACAAGCAGGAGCACCAGCUGUCCAAGCUGAAGCCAAGCACCACCUACUCUGUAGCCCUCUACGCCACCAAAGGACCCCUCACCAGCGGCACCGUCAUCACCAACCUCCAAACACCCAUGGACGCACCCGUGAACCUGACGGCCAGUGAAGUGAAUCACCGCAGUGCUCUCAUCUCCUGGCAACCGCCAAUCACAGAAAUUGACAACUACAUGCUCACCUACAAGUCAACCGACGGCAGCCGCAAGGAGCUGAUCCUUGAUGCAGAGGACACAUGGAUACGACUGGAGGGACUGGCUGAGACCACAGAGUACACCGUCAAGCUCCAGGCUGCAAGAGGACUUGACACCAGCGCCGUAGUUUCCACUACCUUCACCACAGGGAGUCGUCUAUUUGCAACACCUCAAAACUGUGCCCAGCACCUGCUGAAUGGAGAGAUACUGAGCGGAGUCUACACCAUUUACAUCAACAGGGACCCGAGCCAGGGCGUGCAGGUGUACUGUGACAUGACCACUGAUGAAGGAGGCUGGAUUGUAUUUCAGCGUCGUCAGAAUGGCCUGACAGACUUUUCCAGGAAGUGGAGUGACUAUCGGGUCGGCUUUGGAAACCUGGAGGACGAAUUCUGGCUUGGUUUAGACAACAUCCAGAGGAUUGCUGCUCAGGGCCGUUACGAGCUGAGAAUUGACAUGAAGGAUGGACAGGAGUCAGUCUACGCCAACUAUGACAAGUUCUCCAUUGGAGAUGCAAGAAACCUCUACAAGCUCAGGAUAGGAGAGUACAAUGGCACCGCUGGUGACUCUCUGAGCUACCACCAAGGCCGACCCUUCUCUACAAAAGACAGAGACAAUGACAUCGCUGUCACUAACUGUGCCUUGUCUUACAAAGGAGCCUGGUGGUACAAGAACUGCCACCGGGCCAACCUCAACGGCAAAUACGGAGAGUCCAGACACAGUCAGGGUAUUAACUGGUACCACUGGAAAGGCCACGAGUUCUCUAUUCCUUUCGUGGAGAUGAAGAUGAGGCCAUUCAACUUCCGUAGCAUCAGCAGCAAGAGGAGGCGGUCUGCCCCUGUAUAAACAAACCGCCUCCACACAGGCCAGAGUCAAAGAUAAAUGGAGUUCGGACGAUGUUUACUGAUGAGUUUCUGCUAUCUGUGUGCCUCACUGAUGUGCUCUUUAAUGCCUUUUAGUGAGGCUGCAAAGAAAAAAGGGGGUUAUGACAAAAAAGAUACUAAUAUUUUAUUAAUAUUCUGUUGUAAAAUAAUAAAACCCAUUAAUAUUAAUAAACUACGAACAUGCAGAAACUGUUGUAAUGCUGGAUGAGAUCAUGAAAUAGCAGAGAGGGUGAAACAAUGUCCGAACUCUGUUUAUCAAACAGUCUCAGAGAAAUACGUGACAUGGACACAACCUCUUAACACAUUAUGUGGUGGUGGGGACGAAAUGUGUUAAAAUUAAAUGCUGGCAACAUGAAAAGCAAUGCCAAUGCAAAGUCUAUUACAAAUGGUGGCCGUUUCAAACAUGUUGAUACACCUCGUUUUCACAGUUUUAUGUCCGUAUGUCUGCAUAGUAUACAGAGUACACCCCUAGUGUUUAACGCAGGGAAAUGCAUCUCUUAAAGAUGGACAGAAACAGCACCGAAAUGCGAUCUUAUCUUGCUGAAUAUGCGCAUGGAGCAGCACAGAGACAAAACAGGACCAAUAAUGCAUGGUGACAAAUAAGGGAGGAGAUAAGUCUGUCAGGCUGUGAUGUGAAAUAUUUUGUUUAAAGACGUAUGAUCCACUAUGCAUGCACUCUAUGUACAGAGACAGCAUGCUAACGAUGAUAGCUAGCUAAAUAUGCCAUCCAACUUUUCACAUAGAUAAAAUGUAUAAAUAAAGCUGCAUUACAUCCAUCAAUCUGUUAGCUAAUUUAUUUUUGUGCUAACUUCCUGUGGCAUAGUGCAUACGGGUUGUCCGAAAUCUGCUGCAGAAGUUUAUUUUCAACAGACUCAAAACAAAAUGAAAGGAGAAGUACUGCAAUAGAACAAAUAGACUUCCUGUCGACACGCAUACGCACACAGAGCCAUGUGGAAACGAGGUGUUAAUGUGGUCAAUGUUAUGAAACAAACACAGUUGGUUUAGGGAAUGGGUCGGCAACCUGUGGCCCUGGAGCUACAUGUGGCUCUUUAUCCCCCCUCAAGUGGAUCCUGGUGGUUUUUUGCUGUAGGCCUAAAGCAACUCUAACAUUCUCCAAUAGUAAAACUGUAGCCUACGCACCAAAUUCAAAAAAAAAAAAAGUUUAACAUUUCGUUAACUAAAAUGUGCGUCAUUCACGGACUGGCACCUUUUCCUUUCAAUUUUGCUGACCCUCAAUAGUGUUGGCUAUACUUUAGUCUCCGCGCUAGGCUAGCUAUGGAUUCCAAAUCCAAAAAAUGUAAACGUCUUUGAGGGUAAUCGAGAAUUUAAUAGUAUAAGGACAGAUUAAAGUACCAAAAAAAAACCUAUUGGUAAUCAUAAGGCUCAAAU